CAGGUGCAAGGGAAAGCACCCAGCAGGUCGUGUGAGAUGUACUGCCAUUCCUGCUUCGUCUUCCUGUUUUCCGCGCGUAACUCCGUCAGCGAAAAUACAUUAUGAUUCUGCAAGGGAUCAAGAGGAUGAAUCUCGGAAAACCGUGCUGAAGUGUAUCUCAUCUCGAUGGCGAACACUUCCAGUGCAGAGCGCGCACAGACCAGAUGUCUUCCAUUCACGGAGGAUAGGACACUCGAGGACGUAUACCACAGAUGCAAAGCAAGGAGAUAGCAGCUCUCAGCCUUCACCAAACGAAGCAAACUCGUUAUUCAACACCUCCCAAUCCGCCUGGGACCACGUCUUCGAAAACAUCGAGGACCAACCCGCUCUCUCAGACAUGCCAACCCACCCCCGUCCUCGUUCAUCAGGCUACACCUCCCCAAUAAUGACAAAGGCACGUUCGCAAACAAUGACAGCACGCGAACUCGACGCGUUCAAUAGUAUGUUCAACAUGAUCUUCGCUGCCGGACCUGAUGCGCAGCGACCGCGGACUGCUGUAGAUCGACGUGCAGAUAGGGUAGGGAAGCUUGAUCCGCUAAUCGGUAGACUGCGUCGCGUAUCGCGCAAGUUCAGGUGGUCACCCGCAGAAGACGCAGAACUCGAACGUAAACAAGGUCAAUUGGAACUAUGCGAGACGGACCAACAAUUACUCGAAUGGGCUGCGCGAGAGGUGUUCGACGACGUAAAGCACCACUCAAGAAGUCAUAACCCUGUCUACUCCCCUCUCCCCGUCCAACCACCAGCCUACCCCCACCUCCUCGCCUCACUCAUCCAUACCUUCCGGAACAAAUUCAACGACCCCCACCUCGCACUCUCCAUCUUCAACCACGCACGUACCCGCUCCAUCGCAUCCUACGUCUUCGGCUGUACCGCACCAGCCUACAACGAACUCCUCCGUACCCGUUGGUCCGCUUUCAAGGACUUACGAGGCGUCGCAGACGCUCUCGAAGAAAUGCGCGUGAAUGGUGUGAAACCGGAUGCUAAGACCCGAGAAAUUGUUGAAGAACUCCGGAGAGAAGUCGGCGCGAGGACGAUUUGGCAGGAAGAAAGGAAUAUCGGGACAGGUGAAGUCCUUGAACUGGUUAACAGGAUCGAGUCACUCGUCCGCGAACCAGUACAAAACGACGAUCCCAACAACAACAACACCAACAACAACCCUAACCACCCCAACCGACAACAUCAGCAACGUCAAAAGAAGACAUGGCAAGACGCAGUCGCAAAGAAGAAACAGAAUCAACAAAAGGGAAAGAAGUUUCGUUGGAGGACGUCAGACGCCGAGAGUUGGAAAUCGGGCGCAGACGGAGAUUCCGGGGAUGCCUAUGAGUUUGGUGAUUGGAAGGCUUUCGAUAGGGCGUCUUCCUCGAGACAGUGGAACUCUUCUUCUUCUUCUUCUUCUUCAUCGAACUAUCGUAAACCCUAUCGUGACGACAACCAACGAUCAUCGUCGUCGUCAUUUUCUCCUUCGCGCUCGGAGUCUAAUAAGCUUGAGUUCGAAUAG